AUUAUGAACACUUUUAUUUUGAAAAUCCCAACCAGAACAGCUCUGUUGCUGCGCGGUGUUUGACUUGACAGAUGGCAGCCGAGAGACGCUCCUCAGCGGCUGUCUCUCUCUCUCUCGGUCCGCUGGUCCAUCCCGGUUCCCAUUGUCUCUCUCCUCUUUCUCUCACUCCUUGAAGACGGUAACAUAAACUUAACGCCGUUAUUAUCCGCUCGUAUCGCUUCGUGUUGGAGACUUACCUCGACCUGAAGUGUCUCUCUGCCUGUCAGGAGGCGGUUGAAUUAACCGACCAACGGCUGACUAACGGCCGACCAACGGCUGACUAAACGGCGGUUGGUGUUGUGGAGCUGACGGUGGAAGAUGAACCAGAUGAACCAGAGGAAGAAGAGGACUUGUUAGCCACAACAGAGACGCCGUGAACCGUCUUCCAGUUGGUCUGGUGACUGGUGACAUAUCACAACAACAUUUUUACUCACCUAAGUGGAUAAAAACAGAGAUACUGGAUUACAACCGUGGUUUUCUGGAGCUACCGGACCGCUGUGUGUGUUUUUGUUCCCGGUGUGAAGGAGAGGAUGUUGCCGCUACAUGCCCGGUACUUCCCCUGAGAGGAGAGCAGAGGAGAGGAGAGGAGAAGACCACUUUCACUUGUUUUCUCCACCCUGUAACAACCAAGUGGUGCUUUAAUCGGAUUAUUAAACAAAAAGAGCAUUUAAUCUGGGGGGAUAUAUAUCCAUUUAAUAUAUCACCACCUCUCCCUUGAUUUCUUCUCAAGUGGCUAAUUCUGUGACAAGGAUGCUAUGAUCUAAUCCACGUGAUUGUAGACUUUCUGGUCCAGUAAGAUGAUGACUGGACAUGUAUAGUCCCUGUGUGGACAUAAUUGGAGAGUAACCUUUUGUCUCAUUGGUCAAACUAGUUUUAUCCCACAUUAUCAGACAAAUCUGAUUUACCAAUCAAUCAAAAAUGCACCACAUGACCUGAUUUUCUACCAUUCAGUUGGCUUUGGAAUAGGAUUUCCCCAACAACCAAGCUCCGGAUACAUCAAGAACACUUUGUGGACUUGAAUCAAUCCCAAAGGGUGUAUCUUCCAUCUUUUUGACCUCUGACCCCCAUACAUGUCAGGCACCCAGCCAUUUGAAUGAAGUAGUAGUAGCCUUUUUUUAUUCCUCUGAGCUCCAUCGGUGGGUGCAGGGGCUGUUCGCUGAACCUCCACCUCCACCUGGGCUGCCAGCCAGCCAGACAGGUCCUCCGGGAGGGAUUUUUUUGAAGGUCCAGCUGGAGGAUUUGGGAGUAUUACCGAGAGUUUCUUCUCCACGUGGAUCCACUGGAGAGACGGAGGAGGACGCCAUGGGGUGCUGUAGUGGCAGGUGUACCUUGGCCUUCAUCUGUGGCAUGCAGCUGGUCAGUGUGCUGGAGCGUCAGGUGAUAGAUUUCCUGGGCUACCAGUGGGCUCCCAUCCUGACCAACUUCCUCCACAUCAUCGUCGUCAUCCUGGGCCUGUUCGGCACGAUUCAGUUCAGGCCGAGAUAUGUCACCGGGUACGCUGCCUGGCUGGUCGUGUGGAUGACCUGGAAUGUUUUCAUCAUCUGUUUCUACCUGGAAGUUGGAGAUCUGUCCCGAGACUCUGACCUUGUCCUGACGUUCAACCUGUCCAUGCAUCGCUCCUGGUGGAUGGAGAACGGCCCGGGGUGCAGGGUGACACCCAUCACCCCUCCUCCCUCCUGGGCACCCGAGGACCACCGAUAUAUAUCUAUAUCCGGCUGUCUGCUGGAUUUCCAGUUCAUAGAGGUGGCUCACUCCUCGCUGCAGAUACUCCUGGCUUUGAUGGGGUUUAUCUACGCCUGCUAUGUGGUCAAGCUCAUCUCAGAAGAAGAGGAUAGCUUUGAUUUUAUAGGAGGGUUCGACUCGUACGGUUACCAGGGGCCUCAGAAGACCUCCCACCUUCAGCUACAGCCCAUGUACAUGUCAAAGUAAAGCCAGGAGCUACUCCGGGAGCGCUGCCUUACCAACCACCACUGCUUAGUAUCCUGCUUUUACUAUUCCGGCUGUCUUUUGAUAAACAACAACACAAGACACAGACAAGUAGACGGUAUACAGAAGACACUAAGAUAUUCUGCGUUUCAACCUACAAACCCCCCCCAGUACUCAGAUUGCUUCCUUGGUCUGCCUGUCUGCUGUUUUUAAUGAAGUUAAGGCUGUUCCUGAUGAAACACUGGCCUCGUGUGGUUGGACACGGUAACUGCAGGACAUGAAACACCAGUGCAGACAGCUCCGGUUAACAACUGCUUUUUUUUUUUUUGUCUCUGAGGGACGCAAUCAGGAGACUUGCUUCCUCUUGUGAUGUUGCAUUAUGAAAGAAACCAAAGGGAUGUAAAGUGACCCAUUGGUGACGUGUUUCUUCAGGCUUCCAAAGAGAGAUGUUACAUGAUGCAGAUCCUGUUAUGUAUACAAAAGAACCAUUUAAAGCAUCUCUGGAACUUUUCUGCUCUUUGUGCCUGACACAUCAGACACUGGACUUGCAAACCGGACUGACCAAGCAUCUACUAACAAGACUACCGAUACAGGAAUGUCAAGACAUUUUUCUUUUUCUAAGGUUACUUUCUGGUGCAUUUGGAGCUCGAUACAAGUCACGGGCCGCACUCAAGCACGAGUACAGGCCACGCAUCUUAUUCUGUUGUUUCCUCAGAAACGUUGAAUGUCAAAUAACAGUGCUAUGUGUAGAUUUACAUACCUUCAUUCCAUAUGUGCAUGUGUAUAGGAAACACAUUCACAUACACAGGCAUAUGUGAAUUCACACAUGCAUGCACAAACACACACAUAAACAGAUGUAUUAACGUUUUUAAUGUGAAUCUUAACAAUGUUUACAAUAGAAAUUCAGUCUGACGGACAGAAAGACUGAACACCUUGACAGACAGAUAGACUGGGAGACAGACGGGAGGCUUUCUAGCUGCAGCAUCCCAAAGGCCACGGGGUCUUUUUCUGCCAUAUUAAUACAGACGGGACAGUUGUUCCAGAUGUGUCUUUUGGACUCUUGCUGUCUAAAUAUUUUGUCUUCCAUCCAAGACAGACCGUCAGAGGUAGAUACAGACACACAUGACAAAGAAAACAACCGUUUGAGGUCAGACAACAGCUUCCUUUGUCACUCGCCCAUCUCUUUCAGCAGGCAAGUUUUUCCCGUUUUCUGAAUUAUAAAAAAAGCUGGAGGCCAGAUCGAGUGCUGCCUAAUCUGCAGCUUCCUAAUAACGGAAAUAGGUCAAAAUCUUCCACAUUUACAUAAAGGGGAAACACACCUUUCACAGAAAUGACAAUCACAGUCAGAGUGGCUUGAAUCUCGUCAUGGAUUGGCAAAAAAAUUGUGACAAAAAAAGCUGAAAAAUGGCUGUCAUCAUCACAUGGAAACAGAGAAGCAUCUAAGUUUGAUUAUUUGAUUAAUUAUUUAUUGUUUUAAAUUUAUAUAUUGCGUUUCCAAACCCUCUGGUGGAUGACAAAGAUCGGUGAAAGAAGGAGAAACGAAACGACGGAGGGCUGAAUCUCCGAUGACAACGCUGCACGCGUUCGCCCUCGCCCGCAGACUAAUGAGGACAAAAAUCGUACCAGAGAGAUGCCAGAGUCUCAGCAGCUCCCUCUCUUCACCUCACCACUCAAAUUUUAAUGUUGAAAGUGCCAACUGCAUCACCACAUGGACAUCCGUACAGCCUGGUUUCUGAAAGCCACAGACUGGGACCAAAAAAUAAUGGGUCUCAGGUUCACUUUUCUUGAGUUCCCAUGUAGGAAAACUAGUGAGGAUAUCACAAAUCAAAAAAAUUCACAUUUGCAUUCCAGGCAGGUUUUCCUCUUUUAUUCUUCUCAGAAAAAAAUCUCCUGAUUCCUUUCUGGAAAUGUAACUGUUGCAUUUGUGUUGCAAUCACCGGACCAAAAGUUUGAGGCCUUCUCCGUCAACCAAGGAACAUUUCUGGGUGGAAACACCGAUAUACGGACGGACCACCCCCCUCUACAAACUACAAAGUCCACCCUCCCUCCGGCCAGUUAUCUUCAGCAGUUCAUGUUUUGUAACAAAACUGUGGGUUACGUUCAGAGUCGCUGCUCCGCGAGGCUCCACCGACGGAGGACAGGAACAACAUUUUGUGUGUUUGCAUGAGGUGUUUCCAAACUGUUGCGUAUUUAAUCUCAUGCUGCGUGUGACUAACUAGCUACUUAAAAAUGGGAACUGUUUGGUUUGUUGAAUGCUCCUCAACUCUCUUCAAAGAGUCCUAAAUGUGAACUUUGUGAUUUUUUCUAUAAAUAACACAAGUCUGAAAUGUCUGCCGAGUAAAGGAGAUAAAAUAGCUACUACAAUGUAAAACGACGAAAUGUAACUUUGAACUUCUAGACGUUUUUUAAUCACAUGUGGCCGUGUUUACUGUUUUUUCUAGUUGACUACUAAUGUAUGAUGUUGUGUACAAGUGGGACUACUAUGUUUUAUUUCUUCUAAUUGUACAGUGUAUUUUGAAACGAGAGGGUAAGAGGAGAAUGGGGAGGAAAGGGAAUUAGUUGCACUAUAGUCUGUAAUUCUUUCAUUAACAAUUCUGUCAGGGCUGGAAAUUCACUUUCACUUCAGCACAUAAUUAAUUCUCAAUAUUAAUUUAUAUUGGAAUUGUCGACCGACACCACACGUUGCUUUUUUAAUAAAUGUAAUGACUGCAGAUGAAGUGUCCUUUUUGCGAAAUUCAAAUCAGGAACUUAUGCUGCUGUGAAAAGGGUCACAUAUCCAAUUAUUCAGAAGCAUCAUUGAAAAGAUAGUUGGUUGUGUGUCAUUAGCAAAUUUGAACUGAAAGUGAAUUUAUUUGUUAAUUUAUUUGUCUUUUACGGAGUCAAGUCAUCAUCACCUGGAACUGUGGAACCAAUAUCGACCUAAACACCAAUCUGGCAGAUAUAAGAGAGGAUUUCAGAUAUAUAAUGUGACCCAGAUGUGUGUGUGUGUGUGUGUGUGUGUGCGUGUGAGACUUUGUACUGCAGUACAUUGUACUUUUCUGUGUCGUGGUGAACUGACACUCAACCCAGAGCCUGCAAAGCCACGACUUCAACACAAACUGAAGGAUAUUGAAGAACUCAUCAAAGAUCGUUAAUGAACAGCAAUAAUAUAUUUUAAAGUAAUAAUGAAGAGACAGAAUCCACACAGUUUGUUAUUUAUCUUCACAGCUGCUUGCUUAGACUUUGGAACAGUCAAUAGAGGUUGUUGUCUGUAGAUGUAAGAAUGCACAUCUGUACAUAAAGAGUUAAACAUUUGCAGAGGAAGCCGGAGGCCAGCUGUUAUUUUUGUUGAAUGGUGUCAAUAAACAUUCAGUCAGGCUAUUGUACAGUUCUGAAUCUGUAUUAAGAGCUACAAAUCCCUCCUAGACUCCAGUUUGAAGCUUUAAAGCUGCGGCAAGAGUAUACAGUUAUGGCUAUUACUGGUGCUGAGUAAAUUAUUGAAUAAUAGGGAAAGACAUAUACAUCCUGUGUUACAUGGGCUACAUUUUCACAAAAUUUCAAAAUAAAACUUCUGAUUUAUUCAAACUAUUUUGAGAAAUAUUUUUAAGUGUUCAACAAUUUAACGCCUCUGAAAACUUGGUUUUGAAUGUUGAUUAUUUCUCUUAUAACUUAAAUAUUUAUGACAAAAUAAGCAAAGAAUAAAGUUUAAAAAAUAUAUAUCUUUAGGUAUUAUUUAUUAAGAGUUUAACACUCAAAAGCUCACAUAUAAUGUAUUUCGUCAGGACUGUGUGGGUGUGGCUUGACCAGAUUUCAAGCAACAACAACCCAACUAUAUAUCUAUCUAUCCAUCUAUCCAUCUAUCUUGCCAUCUGAACCACAUCCACUUCAACCCAUGAAAGAUCAGCACAGCCUGACAGAUGGAAAUCUCUCUGUUGAAAUAACCAAAACUAUGCUAACUCUGACAGAAUAUUUUGUGUUCAUGUAGGAUCCCAUCACUUAUUUACGAAGCUGAUUGAGAAAAUAAGUGUUCUGAUUCUUCAGGUAUUGUCAUCGGUGCUUGUACAGUUGGUUUAAUUAGCAUACACAACUGUAAAGAGCAAAGAAGUAAAGUGGGAAUAUCACACAAGAGAAAAGCGCAG